AUCGCCAGCUAACGUGCGAUUCACAACAGAAGGUAUUUUCUCGAACUUUCUGACCAUUCCCAGUUGUUAUCUGACCAUUCCCAGUUGUUGUAAAACGUAAGCUGUACUGCGGUGUUGCUUUUGGGGUAAAUUAAGAAGACUUCGCCUGCCUUAUUUCACGGCAAAAUACAAAAUAUUGGAUUUAAAACUAUUCAAUAUAAAAAUGACAGAGAUUCAGUGUUAUAACACGUCUUGUGGAGCUAAAUUCGACCCAGCAUCGAAUACAGAAGAUUCAUGCCACUAUCACUCUGGUGGUCCAAUUUUUCAUGAUGCACUAAAGGGUUGGUCUUGUUGCAAAAAGAGGACAACAGAUUUUUCAGAGUUUAUGAAAAUACCUGGUUGUACAACUGGAAAACAUAGCAAUGAAAAACCAAAAGCAGCAAUGAAAGCAAAAGUAGAAACAACCAAACAAAAUAAAGAAGUUUCGAUAUUAGAGAAAAUUAUAACGCCUCCACCAAAACCUAUUAAUACUGUGGAGUUAGACAGACCAAGUUCGACAGAGCCCUUGAUAAGCAUUCCAAUUAAAGUUACAUCGUCUUAUGACAAGUUGAAAGCCAUGAAAACGAGCGCAGCUGUUGAUGACGGAGUUAUUAAAAUCGGGACCAAAUGUCGGAAUGGAGGAUGUGAAGAGGUAUAUGCGAAUGCACCAUGUGAUUUAUCAGAAUGUAACCAUCACCCUGGAAUACCUGUGUUCCAUGAAGGGAUGAAAUACUGGUCGUGUUGCCAGCGUAAGACGAGCGAUUUCACGGCUUUCCUCAGCCAAGCUGGAUGCAGCAAAGGCAGUCAUUUGUGGAAGAGCAAUACAGAGGAGAAAACAGUUUGUCGAAAAGACUGGCAUCAGACCGGACCAAACGUUAUUGUCUCUAUAUUCGCCAAGCAUGCAAACAUUGAAACUUCUAAAUUUGAAGUAAACCAAGUCUAUUUAAAAGCCAACAUCGAUUAUGAAGGACACAAGCAUUUUGAUCUACAGAUGCAUUUGUUUGGUGUGGUAGAUCCAAAGGUUUGCAAAGUUACUGUUUCUGGAACGAAAAUUGAGAUCACGCUGCGAAAACGAGACGCUCUAUACUGGAAAACACUGGGGGAGGAUGACAGCAAGGAAGAGGUCCAGGAACAGGAGCAAAAAAAACUAAAAGUGACAACAAAAGUGGAAAAGAAAGCAGAGUCAGACAGUGACAGUGACUUGUCAGGAAUAGAUGAUGUCAUUUUUGACUGACACAAAAACAUUUUUGCAUCCAUGUCUUUUCAUACAAAAUAUUUAUACUGUCAAUGCAUGCACGCACUUAUUCUUUAAUUUGACCUGGUUUUAUAAAUUGGCUUCCCAACAGUUCAGGAGUUUACAGCUUCAAACUACGAACGUGGACCUUGUUUACAAGCGUCUAUCGCAUUUGUAACAAAAACAUAUACAUACUUCGUAUUACCUUCACAACUUUUUUAUGUGUUCGCGAAAUAAAUAAUAAACUCAAUCUAUGUCACAGCAGACAGAUUUUG